ACGAAGAAGAGUAAACUAGGCGCCAGCUAGCUAGCUAGCCGGUCAGAAGACGCGCUUUCCAACUUCGAGCCGGUGUUCCAGGUCAGGCGAAGAGCUGCAUAUGACCAGUGUUCAGACAAAAGCGACCUGGUGCCAGAGAAAAUAUGGAAGCCCCGCAGGUCACAGUGAUGCCCGUCACCGGAGGAACCAUCAAUAUGAUGGAAUAUCUGCUGCAAGGCAGUGUGUUCGACCAGGCGCUGGAAAGCCUCUUGCAUCGCCUCCGAGGUCUGUGUGACAACAUGGAGCCAGAGACCUUUACUGAUCACGAGCUGGUUUAUCUCCUGAAAGGCCAACAAGGGAACCCUUUCAUUCUGCGUGCCCGGCGGUCCCUCUCCCACCCCACGUCGCCAUGGCACCUACGCUACCUAGGCCAACCUGAGGUGGGAGACAAGAGCCGCCAUGCCCUGGUGCGCAACUGUGUUGACGUGGCCGCCUCUCACAGCCUGCCGGAGUUCCUCAACGAGAUGGGCUUCCGCAUGGACCACGAGUUUGUGGCUAACGGGCACAUAUUCCGCAAAGGUGCGAUGAAAAUAGUGGUCAGCAAGCUGUCCCGAAUCCUGGUACCGGGGAACACGGAGAACACGGAACGUCUCUCGCUUUCCUUCCUGGUGGAGCUGAGCGUGUUGGCUCCCGCUGGCCAGGACACGAUGUCAGAGGACAUGCGCAGCUUCGCCGAGCAGCUUAAACCCCUGGUGCACCUGGAGAAGAUUGAUCCCAGCAAACAGAGGCAUUGAAUGGCAUCAUUUGGAGGGUCACGUCAUCUUCGGCCACCAUGGACAAACAACUUUUUAAAAAAUAUUUUUACUUGGACUACAAUUAAAUGCAAUUUAACUUUGCCUUAACGGUUAUACUUCUGGUGAAUUUGUUUUGAGUUUUGAAAUGACUAAAGUCAGGCAAAAUAUUCUUUCAUUCUAUAAACUUUGGUCACACACAUUUUUACAUCCUCCCCUUUUCAUUAUUUCAUGAGUUUGGGUUAAACUCUUUGCUAGUUCAUUUCUUUUGUGUGGCGUUUGAUGCAUUCGGAGGAUCAUCACCUGCACAUGGAAUUCACUACGUUUACAGAAGAAAUGGGAGGAGUGUUCAGGAUGAAAUAAAAGCAGUAAAAAUGUAAAGCAAUGUAACCCCUUGCAGGCAGGUGAUAUUUGUCAUAAGAGUAGAGUUCUGCAGCAUGACAUGUAGGUCGAAUAGGAGCUCGUUGCUAUUUUUUGGGGGUGUAUUUGGUAAUUGAUUAAAUCUGGCAGGUUUAACAAAAAACAUCAAACUGAGGCUUUAUACCAGUGUUUAUAUAUGUGUAUGUAUGUGUGUGUCCUUUCUUUUCAUUUGGUAGGUUUUGUGUAUUUCAUGUCUUACCCGUAGAUUCUCUCCCACUAGGGGGUCCUCUUGCGCUUUGUGUAACUGUCUUGCCAGCUGAAUUCUACCUUGGAUUAUCUGCAAGGGCUCUGGUUGCCAUGGAAAUAAUUAGCUGUGAGAUCUGCACAUCCCCCCCCCCCCCCAGCCCCCCAAACACACACUCUAAUUACCUUUCUCAAUUGCUUAAUGAUACAUAGACCUGUGAAAGCCGUUCUUUCUUCCCCUCAACAAAAGCAUUGAUUUCCCCUCUCUUCCCUUCUCAUUUCUACUGUUAACCCAUUAGUGCCUCUUUCAUGGGAACUUGAGCUGGGACUAUUACACAUGAAAGCACUAAAGCUGCACCAGGAUCCUCCCUCCUCGUGUUGAAUUCUAAAAUGGCUUGUACACUAGUGUGUCAACAUUACGGCCUAUCUGCCGCGGAGCCUCGAGUAACUAAUGCACAUCCU